AUGGACGCUCCCAGACGGCCACCGUCUGUUUUCGAAGCGACUACCAGCCGCCAUCAAAAUUCUCCCUACCUACAGCUUCUAGCCAGCAUGAUGAGUCACAUAGCUUGGUGCUGGAUCAUGACUUCCUUAGCAUUACCAGUCUCUUCACUCCCUUGCAGCAAGGCCACAAAGUUGACAUCAUUGCCAUCUCUGGCCUUGGCGGACACGCGUUUGGGUCAUUUAAAGAGCCGGGAGGAGAGCAUAUGUGGUUAAGAGAUGCACUCCCACGUGGCAUCACAAGCGACAGCGGCGAGCGAAUUGCACGCAUUAUGGUAUAUGGCUACGAGUCAAGUCUCCCAAACAGCAAUAAUUUUCAGAAUCUGAAGGACCUUGGAACUGCCCUUCAUUCUGACCUUCGAGCGCUCAUAUCUUACGGUUCGUUCAAGCCUAUUGUGUUUAUUGCCCAUAGCUUGGGCGGAUUAAUCGUCAAACAGUUCCUCAUAUCACUCUCAAAGUCAAUAGAUGAUGUGGACCAGAGGCUAAGAGAUGCAAUUUAUGGCAUUGCAUUUUUUGGAGUCCCUCAUGACGGCAUGGAUAUUCGAUCCCUCAUUCCUAUGGCUGGAGACGGACCAAAUCGAUUUCUGUUAGAAUCUAUUGGAUUUACUAAUUCACAGAUCCUCAGUAUCCACCAACGUGAAUUCUCAGAGGCGUUAGGCGUCAAAGGCGAGUUCGAGAUUAUUUCAUUCUACGAAACCCGCUUGUCGCCAACUGCAUUACAGGAUAAUAAAAGUGGUAAAUGGACGAUGUCAGGAGAACCAGCCGUCGUGGUAUCUAAGGCGUCUGCCACCCAUUGCCGGCCUUGGGAGGACAGACCUGAAUACAUUUGCGCCAUUAAUCGUACACACUCAGAAAUGGUCAAGUUUAGUGAGGAAGACUUCGAGUAUGAGAAAGUUCUCGGUAGAAUUAAGAGCCUCACUCAGCGUGCGAUUACAACGCGAAGGCGGCAAAUAUCACCACGCCUAUCGCCGGAAGAACAGAAAUGCCUACACUCGCUAGCCUUCAGGCAGAUGCAGGAUCGCGACAAUGACAUUGAACAUGCCGUUCCAGGGACGUGCGAGUGGCUGCUCAAACACGACACGUAUAUCAAUUGGGCCACAUCCAACAGAAGCUUACUAUGGAUUAAGGGAAAACCAGGCGCAGGGAAGUCUACGCUGCUUAAAUAUGCCUUAGGCAAGCAGCGUGAUAUACUUGGUGCAGGAGGCAAUGAUCUCGUCAUGUCUUUCUUCUUUCAUGCCCGCGGUGACGAUCUUCAAAAGACUCCACUUGGCUUCUUGCGAUCUCUACUUCAUCAGAUGCUCAAGCAGGCUCCCGAGGCUUUGUUCGAUCUUGUCAGUGUCUAUCAACAGAAGUGUAAGGGUAUGGGCGACCCUCCUGAAAAAUGGCAAUGGCAUUUAGCAGAGCUGUGGAGUUUCUUCAAGUCGUCUCUUCCAAGGAUUUUAACAGAUCGAUCAAUCUGGUUGUUUAUCGACGCUCUAGAUGAAUGUGGUGAAUCUUAUGCGAAAAAUCUCGUCCGCAGAUUUACAAGGUUGCUUAAAAAAUUACCGCCGCAUCCCGCUCAUAUUCAUUUUCACAUUUGUUUUACCUGCCGUCACUAUCCAAUACUAAGUUCACAAGAUCUAUUUGAGAUAUGCCUAGAGAUGGAAAACAAAAACGAUAUUGCCACCUAUGUGCAAUCUGAGCUCCAGCUAUCUUCUUUCGAAGAACCAACAGCUUUUGUCAUUCGAAGCCUAAUCAUUGUCCGUGCCUGUGGCGUCUUCUUAUGGGCGCGGCUAGUGGCACAACAAGUUCGGGACUUAGAGUUGAAUGGUGCUGGUUCAAACAAGAUCGAGAAGACCAUUCGUCGCAUACCUAAAAGUCUGCAUGAGCUAUAUAAAGAGCUGAUACGUGAUAUGGGACUGACCUCCUUGAGACUUAUACAAUGGGUCUGCUUUGCAACGCGGCCAUUGUCAACAGAAGAGUUGCGAUGGGCACUGGUCAUAGAUGCCAGGUUUUCAUCGUUACAAGAGUGUCAACGAUCGGAGAAUUAUAUACCUGACAACCGGCGAAUGAAUCAACGUCUUAUAAAACUCAGUCGGGGGCUUGUUGAAGUUACCCCAGGAUCUGAAACCGAGGUUGUCCAAUUCAUUCACCAAUCUGUUAAGGACUUUUUCACGAACGAGCGCCUGGUAACUCUGGACGACACAUCGUCAUCGGUUGAUGAGUCAAUCGGAAUGGCACACUUUGAGCUGAAUCACGGUUACGUUUAUCCCCAUACAGUGGGUUUUGCGUUUCCGUUUCUGGACUAUGCCACGACUUCAUGGGCAUCACACUCACGACAAAGUGAUUCAAUGGAUGUGCCACAAGCAGCUCUUCUGGAAUUAUUUGCAUGGCCAUCGAAUGAUAUUAUUGAUACAUGGGAGUACGUUUUCUAUCGAUCCUACCCAUAUUCUCUUGAUUGUCCACCAGCCAAAACGACUCUUGUACACGUUGCAGCGAGAUAUGGGAUGGUUAGUACGUUGACAGCCGUACUAGAAAGUGGCGCUCAAACUGAUAUGUAUAUCAAUUCCAAAGACGCGGACAGCCAAACGCCGCUGUUAUGGGCUGCGAAGGAAGGCCACGACGCUAUUGUUAGAGACAGCAUGACGCCGCUGUCAUGGGCUGCGAGAAAUGGGCACGAGGCCGUAGCCAAGCUCCUAGUCGGUGCAGGUGCCCAAAUCGACUGGAAAGAUAGCUGGAUCCCGCGGGCAUAUAUUCCGGGGACGCGAGGUUUUGCUCUUCCGCCAGAUGGAAAUGGCCAAACACCGCUGAUAUGGGCCGCUAUGAAUGGGCAUGAGGCUGUGACUAGGGUACUACUUGAUGCUGGCGCUGAAGUUGACUCACGAGGCAGAAUGGAUAAUUGGACAGCGUUGUCAUGGGCUGCAGACAAUGGGCAUGAGGGUAUAGUUAAGUUACUGCUUGCUGCAGGGGCUCAAGUCGAUGCAAAAUGGGACGGAUUAAAAAGUUCAAUAGGUUCGCCUCUAGAUUAG